AUGCACCAAAAGGCCACAGCCACACUGCUAGAGCUUGCUGCAAAGAAUCUUCUGAGUAAUGAUCCUGCAGCUAUCCUUGCCCUGGAAGAGCUCCCAAGAGACCUCUUUGUUCCAUUGUUCAUUGCUGCCUUCUUGGGUGGGCAUAAGAAGAUACUAAAGGCAAUGGUGAGGGUUUGACCCUUUCGCUGUCUCCAUCUUGGGACAGUGAGCAUACGAGAGUCAUACUAUGAAAACUUGGAAGCCAUGAUUGAUCGUCUGCAGAUGUUCCCUGUCCAGAACUCUUCCUCUUGGGGGCCAAAACUGAGGAUCCUAGAUUUAAGGCAGGACGUGGACUGUGGGACAACAUGCUUGGAGAUCAAGACCACAUUCCCUUUCUGUUUUCAGUCUUGUGUUUAUUCUCAGCACUCUAUCCUUAAAAGAGAAGAAGCCCAGCAUAGCAUCAGGUGCCUUGGAAUUGUUAAUUCAGAGUCUGAGCUUCAGUCACCCUGGGAACCCAUGGAAUUAUUAGUGGACCUUUCCCUCAAUGAUACCUUGAGAACAAAGCAAUUUUUUUCUUUCCUUCGGAUUAAGGUUGAGCAGAGCUUUGGGUGCCUGCACCUCUGCUGCAGACAUUUGCAAAUCGAUAAACUGUCUGCCCACAAAAGUCUCCUGCAGUUUUUGGAUCUGGGAUGCACUGAUCACCUGGAAGUGCAUCAGGCUUAUCUGAGUAGAGUCACCACCCUUUUGGCUCAGACCAUCCACCUGAACAGCCUUAGUCUGUCUAACAUCCCCUCUAAAUCUUGUAAGGGAAGAAACUUCAGGACGUUUCUCAUCUGGCUUGGGCGGCUGGACAACCUCCAGGAGCUCAGCUUGGCUUUCUUCCACCUCACCGAUCAACUGCAUAAACUGCUCAGAAUUCUGCCACCUCAGUUGGAUACAUUGUGUCUAUCUUUCUGUGGCCUUUCUAACAGAGAUGCCACCGUCCUGUCCCAGAGCUCGCAGGCCAGCCACCUAAGGCUGUUGAAUCUCAGUAACAACCAGAUAUUCUCAGAAGAUUAUGAGCCCUUCCAGACUCUACUGGAGAAGAUCUCAGGCACCCUGCAGCAUCUGGAGAUAGAUAAUUGCCUGAUGACUGAUUCUAAUCUAUCUGCUGUCCUCCCAGCCCUGAGCCAAUGUUCCCAUCUCUGUGUCCUUAGCUUUGCCUUCAACCCCAUUACAAUGCCUGUGCUCACGAGCCUUCUGCAGCACUUAACAUCCUUGAUGGAGCUGAAGCAUGUAGUUUAUCCUGUCCCUGUCCAUCGCUAUGAACAAUGGAAUUUUCUUGGCAGUUUGGACCCACAGAAACUUGCUGAAGUGCAGGCCCAAUUGAAGACGAUGCUGCAGGCAGUACAGUGGGAUGACAUGAACUGGACCACUUGUCCUGAUUGA